GUCACCCGCGACUUUUCACGAGACAUUGUGGUGCAUCCCUGCCGCCUGGGUAUAUUGUACCAUAAUUGCGUCUUUUCACCACCGCACCUCAACCUCUCUCUCUCUUAGACCUCCUGCAACUAGAGCAAGCUCUACUACGACGGCAAAAUGUCGCCUUCAUUACCCUAUGCCGCCGACGUAGAAUCGCCCCUCAAACCAGAAGAGCUACAAGUCCUCCGCGCACAGUAUGAGAAGGAAGGCGAAUACGUCGGUCUCCAGACAAAAUUCAAUUACGCCUGGGGUCUAAUAAAAUCCAAUAACCGCUCCGAACAACAAGAAGGAGUCCGCCUACUCUCUGAAAUCUUCCGCAACAGCCGCGAACGCCGACGGGAAUGCUUGUACUACCUCGCGCUCGGUAAUUACAAGCUUGGGAACUAUGCAGAGGCUAGGCGUUAUAAUGAGUUGCUGUUAGAGCUGGAGCCGGCGAAUCUACAGGCGGGGAGCUUGAAGGGGCUGAUCGACGAUAAAGUUGCGAAGGAGGGACUUGUGGGCGUGGCGAUUGUGGGUGGAUUAGCAGUUGCAGCGGGGAUUGUGGGGAGUUUGCUUGUUAGGGGGGGGCGGAGGAAGUAGAGAUGGGCAUACGGGAUUAUUUGUAUAUGAAGGACAGUAGUUGAUGAGUGUGGGAUAAAUAGGUAUUGGACUUGGCAAUGAAGAAGGGAAUGAGGUUUUGGAUGGGAUGGAGACUCUGAAGAUACAUGGAAAUCCUUAAGGAUCUUGUAGGGGAGUUGAUGGACUAAUCAUGUGUCGUAGAUUGUAUAGUAUCCUCGUGGCCUGUCAAGUAUUUGCGCAUACAGAUGUUAUCGCAUACCAUAGAUCAUAAUCACGGUAGACGCGAUCUAUUAACCCUCUGACCAAACUCAGGGAGAAGGUAAACAUGAAGUUUAUUUUGUCCCAAAUC